AUGGAAGCUGCCCCGAACGCCUACGUCCGUGCGACUGAAACCGCCCAAUAUGUGCGCAAGCAACUUCCCGAAUCACUUCAAUUUCCAAAAGUAGCCAUCGUUUGUGGUUCGGGUCUUGGAGGGCUGGCAGACACGAUUGAAGCGGAGCCAAAAGUUGAGCUUGCCUAUGGCGACAUUCCCAACUUCCCCAAGAGUACCGUGCAGGGUCACGCAGGCAAGUUUGUGUUUGGUCAGAUCGGGCCUCAGAAAACGCCUGUAGCGCUUCUGGUCGGACGAGCACACUACUAUGAGGGUCACACGAUGGAUGUGGUUACUUUCGCUACUCGAGUGUGUAAACUUCUCGGUGUCGAGACUAUGGUUGUUACCAACGCUGCGGGUGGUCUGAACCAGACUUACCGUGUAGGCGAUAUAGUCUGUCUGAACGAUCACCUCUUCAUGGCCGGCCUCGUGGGACUUCACCCUCUCCGAGGACCCAACAUUGAAGAGUUUGGAGUCCGCUUCCCACCGCUAUCUGAUGCGUACGACCUUGACUUGAGAAGGCGAACGCACCAAGCCUGGGUGAAGUUGGGCCUCGAUAAGCAACAGAGACGCCUGCAUGAAGGCGUGUAUGCGUUCGUUUCGGGACCAACGUAUGAAACCAGAGCUGAGUGCAGAAUGUUGAGCAUGCUCGGCGCAGAUGUGGUGGGAAUGUCCACUGUACCAGAGAUCAUCGUUGCUCGUCACGCAGGCAUGCGCGUGCUCGCCUUCAGUCUGGUGACCAACGUAGCAGUCCUCGAGGCAGGGCUUCGCGGAGACGAUGCAACGAUCCAGAGCCUGACCCCGGCCGAGUUGACAGAGCAUCUCAGUCAGGGUAAGGCGAACCAUGAGGAGGUACUGGAAGCGGGCCGAGAGGCGGCAAAAGACAUGCAGGCCCUGGUCAAGGAGAUACUAGCAGGUCUGUACGCAUAG